CAUCAUUCUCCGUCAUUCAAGGGGAAAGCUCGACACCCACCUACAAAGCUCUUGCAGCGAUACGAACAUCUCGGAACCGUUGACCCCGCACGGCUCUCUCAAACCCGACUCAGCACCAUGCUGCGACUUCGGUCCACUUCUAUCGUUCGUGCAGAUCGCCGGUGUUCUACCGUAGAUUGAGUCGCCGGCGGCAUGGCACGUGCUCUCCUUAGCUUAUGCAUACAUGCACUAUACCAUCGCAUGAGUUCUUUCUUCAUUACCUAGAUAGUCCAAGUCAGUAUCAACUCAGCGCACAUCUAGAUACUACGCAACUAGCAACAUGACUCAAAUACCACGUUCGAAAGCCAAGACGGCACACGUCAACAUGAUGACCGACACCAUCAUAGCAAAUCUACCGGCGGACGCACUUCGAAGCGUAAUCAGAGUCAUCUUGACAACGGAGCCAUCAGUCACAAAUGUUCUCGAAGAGCAGACGCGAAUUUAUCUCAGGAAGACCGCCAAUCAGCCCGUUGACCAGCUAUUCCAGUCGACGGCCGAGGGAGUUAUCUCGACAUCGAACUUCACAUGGGCCCAGCAGCGCCUACGUUGCUCCAUAGGAUGCGGGUUGGUUCUCGACAGCUUCCCAAUACUCAAUAAGAUUGUAGACGAAUCCGUCAGCUUUGCGGACAAACACACCGUGCCUCGGUCGACAGAACUCAACCACAGUUUAGCCUCUGUUGAUGGUGAUAUCGUGCAGGCCUUAACUGCGAUUCAAAAGCGCUUGUUGUCCGAUAGCGGCAGUAGAGACCUCAAUGAAGAGGAGAGACCAGCGAUGGACUCGCUCUUCAAUUCAUUGCUACGGUGUCACCAGGGAUGGCUUGCUUCUGCGCAGGACUUCCCUUUCGAACGAAGUACUGCAGUUCUUGCGACCAUGCUUGGUCGCGAAAGCGGUAUACCGACACCAGCCCACCAGAAUGGUUCUUGCCAAAGUCCAAUUACCGGACGGAAGACAUCGACCUCUAUCGAGACUUUCAGAGUCAAGGAUAUCGAGCUGCCGAAGCUGUUCGCGGGCCUCUGGCAGCUGUCUAGUCCAUCAUGGGGUACUGCGUCACAAAUACAGAUGUUCAAGCAAUUUGCAGAGUAUAUUGCAGGUGGCUUCACUGCCUUCGACAUGGCUGACCAUUACGGCGAUGCAGAGGUUAUAUUCGGACGACUGAGAUCCUCACUAGCCGACCCCGAGGCCAUUUUCGGUGCCACGAAGUACUGUGUGUUCCAUAAAAUUACAGUGUCGCCCACAGUCAUCAGCGCCAACGUCACUGAGCGGUGCCAGCGCAUGAGCGCCAGCAAGGUCGAUCUCCUACAAUUCCAUUGGCAAGAUUACAACGACCACCAGUAUAUCGAAGCGCUACGACUUUUGCAGGAAGACGAACGAGUUCGACAUCUGGGACUUUGCAACUUUGACACCACACGUCUCCAAGAAGUCAUUGACAAUGGCAUCGAUGUCGUCACCAACCAGGUUCAAUUCUCCCUUAUCGAUGCACGACCACGGUUUAAGAUGGGCGAGGUUUGCGCACGACACAACGUCAAACUCCUCACAUAUGGCACUCUUUGUGGAGGCUUUCUUGCUGAGAAAUGGCUCGGCAAACCUGAGCCACAGCUGUUUGGUCCUGAUACGACACCAUCCCAGCGGAAGUAUUUUGAAAUGAUCCAGACAUGGGGUGAUUGGGAUCUGUUCCAGACGUUACUACGGAGUUUGAAGGCUAUCGCGACCAGGCACAAUGUCUCCAUCUCGAACGUCGCUACGAGAUGGGUUCUCGACUUCCCAUACGUAGGGGCAGUCAUCAUUGGCGCGCGUAUGGGUGUUAGUGAGCAUACAGAAGAAAACUUGAAGACGUAUGGAUGGAAUCUUGAUGAAGAAGAUCAGAGGAGCAUCGAAGAAGUACUUAAGAAGAGCAGAAGGGAGGAAGUGUUUAAGGUCAUGGGCGAUUGCGGGAGUGAAUACAGGUAGAAGAGAAUUGUUGGCUUGUUCGCCUGGCUUGUAAAUUAAACGAUUAUCUCGAAGGCUUUAGAAUAGCCGGCAAACCUACGUGGGCAGUUUGGUGUAAUUUUGACCUUAGG